AUGGCCGAGCUAACGCCGACGGUAGAGAAGCAGUCCCUGUCGGGCGAUCUGCACAGCGAAAAGUUCGACCCAGCUCCCAAGCUACCCCCGCCGGCCUUCGACCCCGAGCUUCAGCGGAUCGCCGAGCUCUCGGCCAAGCUGGAGAACCCGCUCUCGGGCUUCUCCACUCAGGAACUCGUCCAGCAGGCCGAAGAGUUCUGUCAGGCUAAUGGCUUGAAUGACCAACUCGAAAACUUCAAGAGAGGUGCCAUCCUGGCAGCCAACCCGCAAGAUCUCGACAGAAUCCCCGGGAUCACUGCGGAGGAAAGACAGUUCAUCGAUUGGGAAACUACCCGCCGAUGGAAGCAACCAUUGAUGAUGUACUUUAUCGCUGUCCUGUCAUCGAUGGCAGCCAUUGUCCAAGGCAUGGACGAGGCCGUCGUCAAUGGGGCCCAGAUCUUUUACUACGACCGCUUCGGAAUCUCGGAUAGCUCUAGAAGGACAGCCAUGAUCCAAGGGCUGGUGAACAGUGCGCCCUAUCUGUGUUGCUCAGCUACGGCACCCAUUUACACUGCCGAAUGCUCGCCGGCGCCCAUCCGAGGCGCCUUGGUCAUGCAAUGGCAAAUGUGGACCGCUUUUGGAAUCGCGCUUGGAGACAUCGUCAGUGUGAUCUUUAUGGACAUUGACCCCGAUGUGGCAUGGAGAUUGAUACUAGGCUCGACGGUAGUCGCGCCAGUGCUAGUAUGUUGCAUGAUAUACUGCGCGCCGGAGUCUCCACGAUGGUACAUGUCGAAGGGCCGAGUAGCGGAUGCGUACCACGCGAUGCGCAAGCUGCGGUUUUGUGAACUCCAGGCCAGUAGGGACCUGUUCUAUAUCGCCAAGCUGCUCGAGAUCGAGAACCGAUCCCUCCAGGGCCGCAACCUGCUCACCGAUAUGUGGCGCGUCCCCAGAGUCCGCCGCGCUGCUCAGGCCUCCGGGCUCGUCAUGUUCAUGCAACAGUUCUGCGGUGUUAAUGUCAUUGCGUACUAUAGCUCGCAAGUGUUCAUCGAAGCUGGCUUCACAAGAAAAGACGCCCUGUUAACGACGAUGGGCACGGGACUGGUGAACUGGGUAUUUGCCAUUCCGGCGCUGUACACGAUUGAUCCCGUGCCAUUCACCUAUAGCGCCGAGGCUUUCCCGCUCUACAUCCGUGACUUCGGGAUGUCGUACGCUACCGCAGUCUGCUGGUUCUUCAACUUCAUCCUCGCUAUCACCUUCCCCCUCAUGUUGAACGCGUUUAAGCCCCAGGGCGCGUUUGGCUGGUAUGCCGCGUGGUGUCUCAUCGGCUGGGUGGCUGUCUUCUUCAUCCUGCCGGAGACUAAGGCGCUCACUCUCGAAGAAUUAGACUACGUCUUCUCCGUCCCAACCGCUAAACACGCGUCCUACCAGGUCAAGAACUUCAUGUGGUGUUUCCGCAAAUACGUCCUGAGGCAACCGGUCAAGCCUUUACCUCCUUUAUAUCAACUCAACUUGAGCGUCAAGAACUGA